CGGUAGUUAUGGCGGCGGCGGUAGCGGUUGUGGUGGUCCAUCUUGCGGUGUUGGUGGUGGUGGCGGCGGAAAGCCCAUUGCGCCACCGACCACUAUUUAUCUUCCACCUGUGCAAUCACCUACAGGACCAAGUAGCGGGUGUCAAAGCGGAAACUGUGGUGGACCUGGCUCACCUGGUGGAGCAGGCGGAUUGGGUGGUUCUGGAGGAUUUGGUGGUUCUGGAGGAUUUGGUGGUUCUGGUGGAUUUGGCGGUUCAGGUGGAUCAGGAGGUUCUGGUGGUCAUGGUGGUCCUGGUGGAUAUGGUGGACCAGGAGGGAUCGGUGGUUCGGGUGGACAUGGUGGUGGCAGCCCUGGCGGUCCUGGUAGUCAAGGAGGUCAUGGUUUUCCUGGCGGACCUGGUGGUAAUGGAUUUCCCGGUGGUCCUGGCAGUCCUGGCGGCCCAGGUGGUGAUGGCUACCCCGGCGAACCUGGUAGUCCUGGCAGUCCAGGUGGCUCUGGUGGUUACGGCAGUUCAGGUGGCUCCGGAGGUAAAGGUGGUUAUGGCGGCAAAGUUGUCUAUGGUGGUACCGGCGGUGUUGGCAGUGAAAGCCAAGGUGCUCCAGGAGCUCCUGGUGGUUUAGGAGGCCAUGGUGGACAUGGCGGCUCUGGUGGAUUCGGAGGUGCUGGCGGAUACGGAGGAUCCGGCGGACUCGGUGGUUCUGGUGGGUUCGGCGGUUCCGGCGGACAUGGCGGUGGAAAUCUUGGGGAACCUGGAUAUCCUGGCGGCAUAGGCAACUCUGGUGGCCAUGGCGGUGCCGGUUAUCCUGGUGGUGCCGGAAGUCCCGGCGCAUCCGGCAGCCCUGGUGGACCCGGUGGAUUCGGCGGCCCCGGAGGUUCCGGUGGUAUUGGCGGCUUGGGAGGACAUGGUGGUGCUGGUUAUCCUGGUGGAGCCGGAAGUCCCGGCGGAUCCGGCAGUCCUGGUGGGCCCGGUGGUUUUGGAGGACCGGGCGGAACCGGUGGUCUUGGCGGCGCGGGAGGACAUGGCGGUGCAGGUGGUUAUGGAGGUAGCGGUGGACAAGGUGGCAGUGGCGGGUACGGUGGAAAUGGUGGUCCAGGCCCCGAACCUGGCGCACCAGGUGGACCACCUAGUUUUGGCUACCCGGGUGAACUGGGUGGACCACAAGUACCUAGUACUGGUGGAACUGGUUGUACGAGCGGUGCAUGCGGUAGCGCGAAACCACAAAGUGGCCGAGGAGGCGAUGGCGCAAUAAUUUUUGGCCAUCCUGGUCUGGGCUCAUCAGGUGCUCACAGUGGAGCUAGUGCAACGGUGAAUGCAGGAGCAGGCAGCCAGGCAUUUGCGCUACCUGGCGCGGGAGGAGCUGGCGAUGGCAGUGGCGGCGGUUGUUCAAGUGGAAAAUGUGGCAGUCUUGGCGGCAGCGGAAAAAGGGGCUAUGGCAGCUCAUGGAGUAGCGCGGGCUCCUAUGCCAGCGCCUCAGCGAGUGCACACUCCAGCAGCUAUGUUAAGAGCUAUUAAGGAAAGUUGGAAGCCAUAGUUUAGUUGUAGUUUAACUGCUCAUACUCGUAUAAAUACCUAUAUUUAGUUAGCGAAAAA